CAUCUUUGGUGUCAGUAGGAGGAAUAGUAUGUCAUUGGUGUCAGUGGGGGGAGGAAUAGUGCCCCAUCGUUGGUGUCAUUGUGAUGGGGGGGAAUAGUGCCCCACCGUUGGUGUGGGGGGGGGGGGGGAAUAGUGCCCCAACAUUGGUGUUAGUGGGAGGAAUAGUGCCCCAUCGUUGGUGUCAUGUGGGGGGGGGGGAUAGUGCCCCAUCGUUGGUGUCAGUUGGGGGGUGGAAUAGUGCCCCAUCGUUGCUGUCAGUGGGGGGGAGGAAUAGUGCCCCAUCGUUGGUGUCAGUGGGAGAAAUAAUGCCCCAU